CAUCUAUUGCAAGAACAUAUAUUCUUGCUUGAUCCACCAUAAACAAUCUGAGCAAUCAGUUGGUUAUGGCGAUCAAGCCUUGUGCGCUGCUGGUGUUUCCUGUGGCCCUCCUGCUGCUCGCAGCAGGCGGCUCGCCGGCGGCGGCGCAGCUGGAGGUCGGUUACUACAGCAAGACAUGCCCCAACGCCGAGGCCAUCGUCCGCGAGGAGAUGGAGAAGAUCAUCUCCGCCGCGCCCAGCCUCGCCGGACCGCUCCUCAGGCUCCACUUCCACGACUGCUUCGUCAGGGGCUGUGACGCCUCUGUCCUGCUCAACUCCACCGAGGGCAACCUGGCAGAGAGGGAUGCCAAGCCCAACAAGAGCCUCCGUGGAUUUGGUUCCGUGGACAGGGUGAAGGCCAAGCUCGAGGCUGCCUGCCCCAACACCGUCUCCUGCGCCGACGUCCUCACCCUCAUGGCCCGCGACGCCGUCAUGCUUGCCAAGGGACCCUCCUGGCCCGUCGCGCUGGGGAGGAGAGACGGCAGCGUGUCCAGCGCAACGGAGGCGGCCGACCAGCUGCCGCCAGCCAACGGAGACGUCCCUCUGCUCACCAAGAUUUUCGUCUCCAAGGGCCUCGACCUCAAGGACCUCGUCGUCCUCUCCGGCGCGCACACCCUCGGCACGGCGCACUGCCCGUCCUACGCUGGCCGGCUCUACAACUUCAGCAGUGCCUACAGCGCGGACCCAACCCUGGACAGCGAGUACGCCGACAGGCUGAGGACACGCUGCAAGAGCGUCGACGACAAGGCCAUGCUGUCCGAGAUGGACCCUGGCAGCUACAAGACCUUCGACACCAGCUACUACCGUCACGUCGCCAAGCGCAGGGGGCUCUUCCAGUCCGAUGCAGCGCUCCUCACCGACGCCACCACCAGGGAUUACGUCCAGCGCAUCGCCACCGGCAAGUUCGAUGACGUUUUCUUCAAGGACUUCGGUGAGUCCAUGAUCAAGAUGGGCAACGUCGGCGUUCUCACCGGUGCCCAGGGUGAGAUCAGGAAGAAGUGCUACAUCGUCAACUAGAGUAUCGAUCAGCUUCUUGCUAAAGCCUUGAUUUUUAGUUGUAACUGCAUGAGAUGAUUGGGCACAUGCCUUUUUUGUAUGGUCAUCAUCACUGUAUUGCGUUGUUGUUGUAAAUUCAUUCUUCUUGCUAUGAACAGUGGUUUUGCUUGCCAAAUUAGUCGAAGACAAAUUAGAGUGUAAUUGUGUAAACAUUAUAUAUUUCAUAUACAACGGAGAAUUAGUUCACAUA